AUGGAGCUCCCCGCAGUCUCCGGAAAGGUCCUCGCCUUCUCCCUUACCGCCUUCCCUGUUUGCUACACCUUGAACCACCUCUCGGAGCUCUCCUAUCCCUUGAGUGUGGCUAUCCUGUGUGCAAUGAUUCUGAGUCUACUAUUUGUGGCCAUCUCCAGCCUGGUCCAAAGAGAGAUCUCCCAUGACCCCCUUUUUGCUGUGUUUGCCAUCUUAUCCUUCUCCUCCCUCAUCGACUUAUUCAUUGCUCUUCAGGAGGAUGACUAUGGGAUGGACUUCAUGGAAUUCUAUACUCGAGGGAGGGAGCCGUACCUUCGAACAGCUCAUGGGAUUCUAAGCUGCUACUGGGAUGGCACCAUCCACUAUCUGCUCUACCUCACCAUGACAGGGGCCAUUGCUAAGAGGAAGAGGUAUAGAAGCGCCGGGCUAUACUGGCUGGGAUCAAUGGUCAUGAGCAUCAUGGUUUUUGUCCCAGGAAAUAUCCUCGGCAAGUACAGCUCUGAGCUCCGACUAUCCUUCUUCCUUAACAUUCCUUAUAUAUUAAUCCCUUGCUGGGCUGGUCUACACCUCUUCCACCAGGACAAGGGCCCAACAGGCUACACGACUAAGAUGAUUGCUGAAGAACACAAGAAAGGGCUGUUCCAGAGGCCCUGGGACCUGGCUCUGUUUAUCUAUCUGCUCUUGGCAGGACUGUUUACCAUUUUCCGUGGCCUGGUGGUCCUAGACUGUCCCACAGACUCCUGCUUCACCUAUGUGUAUCAGUAUGAGCCAUACCUGCGGGACCCUGUGGCCUAUCCCAAGAUUCAGAUGCUGGUGUUCCUGUUCUAUGCUCUGCCUUUUUUCAUUCUGGCUGCUUAUGGCCUCCUUUGGCCUGGCUGUGCCUGGCUCCCAGACUGGGCCCUGGUGUUUGCAGGGGCCAUGGGCCAGGUGAGGGAGGAGGCUGCAUGUGGUAGGGAGGGGGAGUGGGAAAAGGAAUCAAGUGGGGCAGGAGAUCUAUCCAGGUGGAUUGGGGAGACUCUGCACCACUGCAGCUUGAGUUUAGUUUUUAGCUUGGCCUGGCAGGCUUGCCACCUGCCCCUGUGGCUCCACUGCCUGCCUCUGCCCCCACUGCUGCUCCUGCCCCUGGCUGCCUGCUUCUGUGGCCCUGCUGCCUGCCCCCGAGGCUCCCAGGGCUGGGGGACAGGGGGGCCCUUCUGCCAGCCAGUGGGCAUCACCAUCUGGAUUCUCCUGGUAUUUGCAACUUCUGCCCUGGGGGGCAGUGACAGGGGCCGGAAGAAGAUUGUCCAUGUGCUAGAGGAUGAGUCAGGGGCUGUGGUGGUCCAGACAGCACCAGGAAAGGUGGUGACACACCGAGGGGGAACCAUCGUCCUGCCCUGCCGCUAUCACUAUGACAUCUCAGCCCAUGACGAGGAUGAAAUCCGCCUCAAGUGGACCAAAGUGACUGACCCAUUGGCUUUCCGUGAUGUCUUUGUGGCCAUGGGCAAGGAGAGGCGGGCCUUUGGCAGCUACAGGGGUCGGACAUCCCUGCAGGAAGAUGGCCCUGGAGAUGCCUCCUUGAUUAUCCGAAAUGUCACACUGCAGGACUAUGGCCGUUACGAAUGUGAGGUCACCAAUGAGCUCGAGGAUGAUGCUGGCAUGGUCAGCUUGGACUUAGAAGGUGUGAUCUUCCCCUACCAUCCCCGGCUGGGUCGCUACACGCUGACUUACCCCGAGGCGCAGCGGGCGUGCGCCGAGCAAGAUGGCAUCCUAGCCUCCUACGAGCAGCUGCACGCGGCGUGGCGCGAGGGCCUAGACUGGUGCAACGCGGGCUGGCUGCAGGACGGCUCCGUGCAGUACCCCGUGGGCCAGCCGCGCGAGGAGUGCGGCCGCCGCGAGUCUCCAGUGGGCGUGCGCAACUAUGGCUACCGCCACAAGGAAGACGAGCGCUACGACGCCUUCUGUUUCACGUCCAAUCUGCAGGGUCAGGUAUUCUUCCUGAAGCCCUACCGCAAGGUGAGCUUCCCGGAGGCCGUGCGGGCAUGUGCCGGAAGCGGCGCUGCAGUGGCCAAGGUGGGCCAGCUGUACGCCGCCUGGAAGCUGCAGUUGCUGGACCGCUGCGAGGCCGGCUGGCUGGGUGAUGGCAGCGUGCGCUAUCCCAUCGUCAACCCGCGGGCUCGCUGCGGAGGCCAGCGGCCGGGAGUGCGCAACCUCGGUUUCCCGGACAAGAAACACCGCCUUUUCGGCGUCUACUGCUACCGGGCGCCGGGCUCCCGGGACCCAGGAGCAGCGCGUUGGGGCUGGGGCUGGCGGGACCCAAGCGCCUGGAGGCCCCUGCACGUCUAA